ACUUCUCCUAAUUAAUGACUGUAAUUAAUUAACUAAUUAAUUAGCUAAUGGCAGUUGUUAGUGCGCCCAGUGGUGCUGUGCUGACUCUCCUAAUGAACCUGAUUAAUUAAUGCUUAACGAAUGGCCGGUGUUUCUGUGCUGGCCUAAUGAAUCUAAUGAACCUAAUUAACAAACUAAUUAACUAAUUGCAGCUGUUCCUGUGCAGCCCUCCCCCAUGCUACUUCCCCUCAUGACCUCAGUGCCCUAAUCAAUCACUAAUUAAUGAAUUGCAGCUGUUCCUCUGCCACGCAGCCCCGCACUCCUUCCCCUGCUGACCCUAAUUAACACCUAAUUAAUUAAUUGCAGGUGUUCCUGUGCGGCCCAGCCCAUUGGCUGCUGCUGUCCUCCCGCAUGCUGCGGCUCCUUCCUCGGUUGACGCUAAUUUGUGACUAAUUAAUCAAUCAGCGGCGUUCCUUUGUGUCCUGGCCCCCGCACUCCUUCCCCCGCUGACCCUAAUUAACGCCUAAAUAAUUAAUUGCAGGUGUUCCUGUGCAGCCAAGCCCCCCAUUGGCUGCUGCUGUCCUCUCAUGGUGCGCUGCGGCUCCUUCCUCAGCUGACCCUAAUUUGUGACUAAUUAAUCAAUCAGCGGCGUUCCUUUGUGUCCUGGGCCCGCACUCCUUCCCCUGCUGACCCUAAUUAACGCCUAAUUAAUUAAUUGCAGGUGUUCCUGUGCAGCCAAGCCCCCCAUUGGCUGCUGCUGUCCUCUCAUGGUGCGCUGUGGCUCCUUCCUCAGUUGACCCAAAUUAAUGACUAAUUAAUCAAUCAGUGUCAUUCCUUUAUGUCCUGGCCCCAUACUCCUUCCCCCGCAGACCCUAAUUAACACCUAAUUACCUAAUUGCAGGUGUUCCUGUGCGGCCCAGCCCCCCAUUGGCUGCUGCUGUCCUCCCGCGGCGCGCUGCGGCUGCACCCCAUGGCCAUCGAUGGCCCCAUCGAUUCCUUCGCCCCGUUCCACAACGUCAACUGCCCCAAAGGCUUCCUCUACUUCAACCGCCAGGGGGAGCUUCGUAUCAGUGUGCUGCCUGCUGCUCUGUCCUACGACGCCCCGUGGCCCGUCCGCAAGAUCCCACUGCGCUGCACCGCACACUACGUGGCCUACCAUGUGGAGUCCAAGGUGUACGCGGUGGCCACGAGUGUGAGCAACCCUUGCACGCGCAUCCCACGCAUGACGGGAGAGGAGAAGGAGUUCGAGAGCAUCGAGCGCGACGAUCGCUACGUGCACCCCCAGCAGGAGGCCUUUUCCAUCCAGCUCAUCUCCCCCGUCAGCUGGGAGGCCAUUCCCAACACACGGUGAUCGGGGCGCCUGGGGGGCAUCGGGGGACAUGGGGGCACGUGGGGACAUGGGGACAUCAGGGGACGUGGGGGGAUAUGGG